AACACCUAUUUCAUGUAAUAUGAACACCAAACUAAGAAGGAUACAUAUGCACUUCAUUCUGUCCCAUUGGGGUCCAGUUUAGAGGUGCUCCACUGUGUAUUAACCCCAUACUGCAGGAAAGAGGGAGGAGGAGUACCGACAUGCUCUGGGGAUGUUUGGAGUGUCUUCUGAUCUGGCACUGAGGCCCAUUGCCUCCCUCUCUGGGGGACAGAAGAGUCGCCUAGCCUUUGCCAUCUUGGCUGUUCCAAGACCCAACUUUCUCAUAUUUGAUGAGCCGACAAACCACUUGGAUGUGGAGUCAGUGGAAGCACUAGGAAAAGCCCUCAAUAGAUUCCCUGGAGGAGUAUUACUUGUAUCUCACGAUGAGCAUCUCAUUAAACUGUGCUGCAACGCAGUCUGGCUGUGCAAAGACAAAUUAGUGCACAGAUUAGAGGGGGGCCUCGACCAGUACAAGAAGGCUAUUCAGUCAGAACUGGUACAUUCAUAGUAUUAUUACUAGGGUCAAUUGUACACUUGUAAUUAUCACUAUUUAUUUUCAACUUGGGUGUAACUUUUCCAUGUGUUACAAUAAACAAUGUAUAUCACAGUGGAAAUAAUAAUAUUGAUGAUCAAAUGCAAUCAACGUUACUGCACGAAGUAAUCUGCGCUUAGAGACAUCCAUUGAGCUUGAAUUAGUAAAGCAUAACCGCAAUGAGUAUGUGCAAGAUCCAGUAUUAAACAAAUAUGUCCAGUGUUAUUGUGAUUGAGUCAGGACUAUAGGAGAAUGUGCACCAUGAUCUUAGUCAGGAUAAUAGAAGAAAGCAAGGACAAAUCGUAGCAGUACCAUGCGAAAGAGAACACGUAAUUACUGCCUUAAGCAAACGGUCAAGGGGAAUAGUGUCAGUCGCUGUAAAGGCUGCCUGUAAACGGCAAAGACUGCUUAAUUCCAGCGAGUAAUUGAGGCAAGAAGGAGGUACGAGGUAUCAGACUGUAAGGUUAGGGAACAACUUUGGGGAGGUCGGAGGUGUCGACAACAAUCCUCAGAAAUACCGAAUCGUCUCUUAUGAAUCCACCAUUGAGGAGGUGGUCUAUCCUGAUGAACAUCGGGCACCCCGACGCAAUGUUCAUCUCUUUCCGUCCGGGUCUCUGGAACGAACUUGAGGCAGGGUCAGGUCUGAAGUGAUCCGUAAUGUGCUUCUUUCCGACUUGGUUUAUUAGCGUGAGCAUCACCUUCUGCUUGAACGGCCACGUAAGAAGAGCGUCAAACGGGCCUCGCAUGAUGACAAAGAAGAAGCUUAGAUGCGAACCUUUCCCCAGCCCGUCUCCAUUCAAAUAUAUUCUCGCGCACAUCUUGUACCCGUGUCGGCUGGUGUAAAACGGGGUGGAGUACAGUGAGAGCGUUACUCCAUCCACGGCCUCUCUCCGACGUCGCGUGAAAUCGUCAAUCUUCCACAAUAGUAUUCCGUUGUAGGUGGCUCGCUCCAGAAGCUGUAGUCGCAGCUCCUGGUCCAGGGAACUACUUAGGCAGCGGUCGAGGCUGUGGUCUAGCUCAGUAACCUUUGACCUGAGUGCCUCUAACUCUUGAAGGGGCGGGUGGGAGUGGCUGGCACCCGGAACUGGGGAGGGGGGU